AUGCCACCCAGCGCAAGUCGAAAUGGCACUUUGCUGGGCUUGUUGGGCAUAGUUUUGGUGAUUCUAUUUGGCCUUCCUACACCAGACUCAUUUGCAUCGAUAAAGGCUCAAAGCAAGCCUGAAAAAACAUGGUUGAGCAAAGAUAUCCUUUGCGUUCGGUGCAACGCUGAAGGGCUGGGUGCUCGACUGGUCGAUCUAUGCAAAGCCAUUGAGCGGCAAUGCAAGGGUCGCAGUGUCAGCAAUCGAGGCGGGUGGCAGAGCAAAGACCUGACAUCUCUCGGUGAGUUUUCAGAGUUGAUGCAAUUGGUGGCCGAGCCUGCCAAAGUCUUUUUAGAGACCCAAGGAUGGACAUAUCCCACAGAAGACGGAGAAGAGUUGGAAAUAGCUUUCAUGCCAGAUCAGCUCUGGGCAAACAUUAACCGGCCUGGAGACUGGAAUGCUCGCCACACACAUGGAAGUCCUGGUGGCUCCUUGUUCGCCUCAGGUGUCUUUUAUCCGGAAGUGCUCGACGCAUCACCUUCUCGGUUGCUUCUUUUUCCCAGCAGCAACAAGUCAGGCAUUGAUGUGGUCCCAGAAUCCAAUUUGCUGGUGCUUUUUCCUCCUGACGUGCCUCAUGAGGUUGAGCCCGCAGCUGCUGAUGCUGAAGAACGCAUCUCCAUUGCUUUCAAUCUCGUCGUGCGCUGGUUACCGGGUGAACUGCUGCAAGCUGCCUACAUAGGAGACUCAGCAAAAGUCAAAUCAAUGGCAGCUGAUACCGCCGAUCGAUUGUUAGGGCUCACGGCAGCACAUGUGGCUGCGGAGCAAGGACAUCUAGCUGUUCUGCAGGCUUUGACCGAGUCCAAAGUUAGUCUUUCAGCCGACUCGUCCUUGGGAACACCUUUGGAACGGGCAGCAGCCCAAGGGCAUGAACUCGUAGUAGACUAUUUGAUGAGUGAGACGCAGCCUGGACUGAACGCUCUUCGUUCCGCUUUGACAGCAGCUGCAGAACGCGGACAUGGCAAAGUGGUCGAACGAGUCCGUGUCGCCGUACCGAACUAUUUCAAGCAGGUUGCGGCAGCAGCACUUCCCAGCGCUGCGGUGGCCGGACAUGCCGAGAUUCUGCAGCAGCUGCUCGAGGGGUCGGAAGGGUCGGCAGGGACACCAGAGGCCAAGAAGGCGAUGAUGGAAGCUGCAACUCGAGGGCAUUCGGAGGUGGUAGAGAUCCUCUUGGCUGCAGGUGUUGAUGCCGAGAGUGCUGACAGCUCUGGCAAGACUGCACUUCACAAUGCUGCUGCCAGCGGGCAUGUGGACGUUGUCCGCAACCUUGCCCGAAGCACCUCCGGCCGCGCUAGCCUCCAUGCGAGAGACAAGCAGGAUGCUGAGCCCCUGCAUUGGGCAGCCUUACAGGGACAUGCUGCAGUGGUUGAGGAGUUGGCUGCGGCUGGAGCUGAUGUGGACUCGGUCGCCCUCGGCAGUGUCCCGGGACGGCCUCUCAACUGGGCUGUGAGGGGCGGAAAUGCCGAUGUGGUACAAAGCUUGUUGCAGCUUGGGGCCGACGUUGGCACUCCAGCAGUGCGGGACUCAAUACCACCUCUUCCUCCUGGAAAAGUUUUGGUUCGCUCUGGCGAUGUCCUAGUGUGCACACAUCAAGCCGAGGUGCUAGCGAAGAGAGGGGUGCCUGCAUUUGCAGCCGGAGAAGAUGGCACGUCUCCACUCCAUAUCGCUGCACGUAUCGGGGAUGAGCGAAUUGUCACCUUGUUAUUGGAGACGAGACGCGCAAAUCUGAAUGCCCGGGACUACUCUGGUGCCACACCAAUGCAUUGGGCUGCAGCCAACGGGCACCCCAAGGUUGUCAUUGACUUGCUGGAAAGAGGUGCCCAACCCGACGCCACGGAUCUGUCAGAUGCGACACCUUUACAUGAUGCUGCCUGGGCCGGCCAUGCUGAAGUAGCAGAUGCGCUCCUCAAAGCAGGUGCCCAAGUGGAUGCUGUAGAUGCACAUGGCCGGACAGCAUUGCAUGCGGCGGCGCUACUGAGUCAGCCAGAUUUGGUAGCUGUGCUGCUGAGUGCCGGGGCAGCAGAGAUCCCAGAUGACCAGCAGCAAUAUCCCUUGGAUUUCGCCCACCAAGCAUCGAAGUGGGUUCAGGCUGUUUCAAAGGUCAUGGGCUCAAAGUAUGGUGAAGCGCUAGUUAGCAGAGCACAGCGUGUGCAGGAGUUACUUGAGAGAAAUGGAGGCAAGGCUGACACCAUGCCUGUGGGAUCCUGUGGGUAUUGA